CCUUCUUCCACACAUCACCGCCAUUAUUAUUCAUUGUCCUCUCUGCAACUCACCCACUCUUCUUCUCCCUCUUCCCUUUUCUUCUCCCUCUUCCCCUCCUCCACAACUAUAAAACAAAAGAAAGGGAAGCUAAUUGAGAUGAUGCAGCUGGGGAAGCGGCCGCGGCCUGAUAUGGCGAUGAGGAGAACCACCAGCAUGACCGGAAUCACCGUCGUCGUCGAUUCUCCCCACCCGCCGCCGCCGCCGCCGUCCGAUUCGCCGAUCAACGGCGGCGGCCCACACAACGCCGUCGAUCCGUCGACGACGGUGGAGAAUCAUUACUUAGCGAGCAUGGUUUCGCCCAGGAAUAAUCAUAAUCAUAACCAUCCCCAGCUCCACAAAUUGAGAAGCGUGUCGAUGGAAUCUCAUUUCUUGAGGACCUGCGGUCUCUGCCAACGCCGCCUCGCUCCCUCCAACGACAUCUACAUGUACAGGGGAGAUACGGCGUUCUGUAGUCUAGAGUGCAGAGAGGAGCAGAUGAAGAAGGAUGCGAGGAAGGAGAAGUAUCAACAGCGCAGUAAACUAGCCGCGGUUACGAAUUCUUCUAGUAUGAUGAACAAGGACGAUAUUAUCACGAUUGGAGGUGCUCAUCAUCCUACUUCAUCUCCGGUUCCCACUUCUACAUCGUAGCUAGGUCACCUCUCGGGAAGUCAUCAUAUCGUUCUCUCCGUCCUCUGUUGGACAUAUUGCGGUCGAGUUUAUAAUAUAAUACUUUUACUCGAUCGAACGAUCGUUCUUGUUUCGAGGAUCGAAUCUGUUGAGUCGUGAGAGUGAGAAUGAGACUGUGAGCUCGAAGAGCGAAAAGAAAAAAAUUUCAAAAAAAAAGUUAUGGAGGGUAUAAGAAAGAACAAGAUCUGAAUCCCUUGUUUUCGAUGUUAAACCGAUCAUGUGAUGCCUCUUUUCUAUCUGUAUUUUGCCUUCUCCUAGAGUUUUUCUUAGAGGGUUUUGUGAAGAGAUUGAAGGGGGGAAAGGGGGUGAGGAAGAGUUUUAUGAAUGUCAACUAAGUAUGUAUGAAUAUGUAUGAGAAGUUUGUAGAUCUUGUAAGUGUAUGAAGGUUUCUCAGCCUUUGAGACCAAAUGUAUAUUAUCUUCAUAUAUUUUGGAAUGAAGGGAUGGCGAUUGGCGAAAUGAUGAGAAAUUUGAGUAUCUCUUUCGAGAUUAUAUUGUAGGUUGAAUAUGUUUAUUUGUUCAUAUACUUUUGGUUUGCAUCACUUUUUUAUGCCAU